CAUUAGUAUUGUCGCGGAUUUUGUGUACCAAAUUUGCGUCGCGCGUUUUUUAAGUGUUAAGUAUCUCCAAAUAUGGCUGGAAAAGGUGAAGGCGCUGGAGAAGGAACACUUCUCAAAUUGGAAAAUCAAAUAAUGGUUAUUAAGUACACUCUGCUAUUCACUAACGUCAUUUUGUGGAUGAUUGGAGCGGCAAUAUUUGCACUGACUUUGUGGAUGCGUUUUGAGCCUGGCCUUGAAGAAUGGAUUCAAAAGUUAGAUUUGCACCAGUUCUACAAUGGAGUUUACCUCUUGCUGGUGGCUGCAAUACUUAUGAUGAUUAUAUCGUUUGUCGGGUGUAUUAGUUCCCUUCAAGAAAACCAGACAGCACUACUGAUAUAUGUGGGAUCGCAAGCUUUGGGCUUCGUGUUCGGCGGGAUUGGAUCGGCGUUCCUUUUGGAAAACAGCGCUAGAGAUUCUUUAAUUCAGCCGUUAAUUAAGGAGAGUAUGCGACGUUUGAUUAUGUACUCCCGUGAAGACUAUGCGCAAAAAACCUUGGCGAUGAUACAAGAAAGCAUUGGGUGCUGUGGAGCAGAAGGGGCUCACGACUAUCUGAACUUGCGGCAACCUCUUCCCACUCAAUGCAGAGACACCGUAACUGGAAAUCCGUUCUUCUACGGAUGUGUGGAUGAAUUAACUUGGUACUUUGAGGAGAAGGCCGCCUGGGUUACCGGUUUAACAAUGGCCGUCUGCUUUCUACUUGUCUGCAACGCGGUGAUGGCGAUCAUCCUUAUACAGGCGAUAAAGAAAGAACAAGAAGAAAGCACCGAGUAUCGUCGAUAGAUGUCAGGAGGAUGUUUUUGCACACUAAUUUAGUAUUUUAAAGUUUUAUAAUUUAGGUAAUAGUUUAGAAUAACGAGGUUAGAACCGUAACAGCACACAUUGCUAUAUCGAAAUGACAGCGCCCGCUCAGCACGAGUGUAAUAUUAAACUUAAUAAUUUAUGUAUGUUUAUAUAAUUGAUGCAAUAAACGUUUUAGAACUGUU